AAAUGGCACCUAUUAUCACCAAGAAUCCAUAAUGUGGGAUGGUGGAACUCAUGGGUUCCAGUUUGCGUUUCCGAAGGUUGUCUCUCACUUUUAUUUCACCACUGAUGCCUGCACUGUGAUUUGUAAUGUGACAGCAGCAUGGCUGCCGCUGAGGGAUUAUAUCACUAUUGUUCAGGAUAACAACGACACUAUGUUGAAGAUGUUACCAUAUGCUCUUGACCAGGAUUCGGACACGUGCUUUGAUUUACCCGUGCCGGGGGAUUCCCCCUCCAUGCUGUGGAUGAUGAUUACACAGCUUAGUCUCUUCGGUGUGACGUCACAGAGAUUUGUUGUACGAAUCACAGGUCACGACAUAGAGUGUGGAAACAUUGGACAGAAGAGUAUCCAUGUUGGAACGUCUGGACCUGCCUAUAAUCAUCAAUGCAGCACCGAAUCAGAUGUAAUAUUUUGUACGUUACUCUUACGUACUGAUAACGCUACCAUGACGCAAUGUGACAUAGAAUGCGAAUGUGACACGUUGGGACAGUGCUCGAACGUUCACAUUUUCAUGCAGAGUACAAACACGGAUGUCUGGAGUUUAUGCGAACUCUCAAUAAAUGAUGUGGUAGAUUUAUAA